CCAAAAAGGCAGUUUCCACCCAUUAAAAAGGAAGAUCCUCUCUUUUGCAGACAACAUAUCGAAUCGAAGCACAAGAGAUUAAAAAAUAAAACCCUAAAGUUUUCUCCUUUUUAUCAAUGGCGGAUUUGGCUAAACUUGAGAGCGGAGGAGCCGUCGUCAUAGGCGACAUUGGAGUUGAAGUCGGCGGCGCGGCGGGGGAAGAGAGGGAGUUGGAAGGAAUAUCUGUGUUGGAUUUCGAUCUGCUUUGCUCCACGGUGGCGCUUCAGACUCAGGGGAAGUGGAGGAAACUCGAGAGCUCCGAUGGAGAAGAUGAUGAAUAUGGCGGCGGCGUUUUACGGCUUUGGGAAGGUGAUGUUAUGGACUGCCUUGAGGAUCGUCAUCUCUGUAUCGAAUCCGCUUGCUGUCCGUGCUAUAGAUUCGGGAAGAACAUGACAAGGACUGGUUUUGGUUCUUGUUUUCUUCAGGGUGCGGUUCAUAUGAUUCUUAUCAUUGGUCUCCUAUUCAACGUUGCAGCUUUUGCUGUAACCAAGAGGCAUUGCUUUCUCUAUCUGGCUGUUGCUUUCGUUAUUUUGAUUGCAUCCUACCUGGGUUUCUUCCGUAUGCUGAUAAGAAGGAAGUUUAACAUUAGAGUAAGCGUUAGUUUGUUUUCUGUGAGUGUGUUAAGGGAUUAUUUUUCUUCUGUUGUGCAUCAUGACAUGGUUGAUUCUCUUUCUUCUUUACAGGGCGCUGAUAGUUUCUUUGACGAUUUCAUCCACCAUCUCAUGUGUCCAUUCUGUACAUUAACUCAGGAAUCGAAAACACUGGAGAUAAACAAUGUCCACGAUGGUAUUUGGCAUGGUCGAGGAGACACACUGUGCAUAGGCGUGUAUCCUGAAGGAAAAUCUUUGCUUGAGCUGCAUUCUCCUCCAGUUAUUGUAUCAACGAUGUCACCAUAAAAUCUACAACACAGGAGCAUGAAGCUCUGCGCCUCCAUAUCUAUAGGCAUUGGUAUCAUCAUCGGCUGCGGUUAGUUAACCAUUGAGAAAACUUUCAUGUUUGUUUUUCGAAACUGUGAUAUAUAGCAAACAUGGAAGUUCGAUUUGAGAGGAGAAACGUUGAGAAGCGACUUGUAUGCUAAUAGUGUGUACCAGUGCCAUUUAUCUGUAUAUAAUAGCCACCUAAUUGUAUGAUAAUGUCACAGAGAACCGUUUCUUAGGUGAAUAAAAGUUGCUGAUUAGACUGGGAUUAUUAAGUACUCUGAAUCAAACUAUUGGAUUCGGUUGGUG